AUGGACAUGGAGAACCGGGUGUUGUUGCAGAUUAGCAAUGACUCCGACAAGAAGUUCACCUACGACGGUGACUACCUGCGCACGGGAGAGUGGAAGACUCCAAGGACCCAGACCAUCGAGCCCAACAUGCUGACCUGCAUAGAGUUCGAGUCGCACCAGAUAAAGGGCGUGGCCGGGGUGGCUUGGUUCGUGGACAGCGAGGACAAAGACAUCUACGUCUCGAUGGCCUUCGCCAACCCCCGGCUGCAGGAGCCCACCUUCGCCUGCUUUGUGGGCAUUCCGCCCGCGGAUCUGAAGGCGGAGCUGGACUUGGCGAAGCCGCUGGUCAAGGGCCUUCAGCAACUCUCCCCCUGCAGCCACUGCGCGUGGGUGGCGCGGCAGGUUGGGAACUUCACAGCCAUUGAAGUCUCCAUCUUCGCCAGCGACCACUUCCCGCGCUUCGUGGCCCCGGCCGCCUCCGCGGCCGCUCCCGCGGAGGCGCCGGAGGCCCCGGCAGCCCCGGCGGCCCCGGCGGCCCGGCAGGCGGAUCUGGCGCCCUCUGCGCCGCCGCUGUCCAACGUCACCGACCUCGCGGCGACCAGUACCUCGUCGGCCGGGGACGAUGACCAGGCCGCACUGAAGGUCACCCAGUUCUUCAACCAGACGCGGCCCAAGGAUGCAGCAGACGGCUUCUGGCGGGGCCUGUCCACGGCUGGGGGCGGCGUGGUGGCGGGCCUGGGCUCCAUGGUCGCCUCCUCCGUGGCGGGGUACCAGAGCGAAGGCGGUCUGGGUCUCUUGAAGGGUGUCGGUACCGGCCUCGUGGGGGGCGCCGUCAUCGCGGUCACCGGCACCGCCUGCGGCGCGGCGCAGAUCGGGCGCGGCAUCGCCAACACCCCGGAGGCCUUCCGCGGGCGCCGGGAGCAGCGAGUGUGGGACCAAGAGCUGGGGCAGUGGGUGGACAUCAACCUGGUGAAGCUGGAGGAGGAGGUGGCCGCAGAAGGCUCCGACGACGAGGGCGGCUCUGGCCACAGCCCCUCCGAGUCCGUGAAGGAGACCGAGUACUACGACUUGCUGCGGGUGAAGCCAUCUGCCAGCCCCGCAGAGAUCAAGAAGGCCUACUACAAGGAGGCCCGGGCCUGCCAUCCGGACAAGAACCCGGGGGACACGGAGGCCAACGCCAAGUUCCAAAAGCUGGCGGACGCCUACCAGGUGCUGUCAGAUCCCGAGUCCAGGAAGAAGUACGACCGAGAGGGCAAGGCGGGCAUACAGGAGGGCAAUGUGAAGAUGGACCCCUCGGUCUUCUUCUCCCUGCUCUUCGGGUCCGAGCGCUUCGAGCCCUGGAUCGGCGAGCUGCACCUGGCCAUGCAGACGGGCCAGCUUGCCAAGGCCAUGGAAAAAGGGGGUGGGGAGGUGAGCGAGGAGAACAUGGACUUGGGGGAGGACAUCAUGUCCGAGAACGGGCAGAUGGCCCUGAAGAAGCGCCAGCUGCACCGCGAGGUGCAUUGCGCGGUGCACUUGCGGGAGUUCCUGAACGAUUUGGUGUACAGGCGGGACAGCCAGGCUUUCGAGCAGCGCGCGCGCUGGGAGGCCGCGGAGCUGGCGAAGUGCCAGUUCGGCCCUGAGCUGUUGGCGGCCCUGGGGGAGAUGUACCAGCUGAGAUCGGAGAUUUAUCUGGCAGAUGAGCUGGUGGGACGCUUCUCGCUGACCAAGCAGAUGGCAGCCAUGAAGCACUCGGGUGCCUUGGCUUGGAAGGCAGCGAAGUGA